AAAAAAACCAAAAAAAAAAAAAAAAAUUGGACUUUUGUGAGUGGACUUUUAAGAGAAAAACAAAACAAAAAAAUAAACUUCGGUGGCUUUUAGCGCCAAACAUCUAUUCUGCGUUCCAAAUUCCCGCCUUUGAAGAGAACUAUAAACCCUCUUUUCCCUGUUUUCGUUGUUUGAAAAGAUUUUGGUUGAUUGGGUUAGGUAUUUUUAGCAGAUCCAGAACAAGAUCAAUUCACUUUCAAUUCUAAUCCGCCAUUUUCAUUGUGGAAUCAACAUUCUUCUUAGACAAUGGAUACUUCAAGGCCUUCAGUUUUUGUCAAUGGGCAGUUGUUGCAAACAUAUGUAGGAAAGAGGGUUAGGACAGUGAUUCAGGUUAUUCAGUUGGAUGAUGGAGUAGCAAGAGGAAACUCCACAGAUGAAAAGCAGCUGAUCAUAAAAGGGUUACCCAGUGUUCCCCUCAUGAAUUUUGUAGAGGUGAUUGGUGUUGCUGAGAGCAAUGAGUGUAUUCAUGCUGACAUUUGGACCAACUUUGGCAACACUUUUGAUGCCCAUUCGUUCAAUCAGUUAUGUCAGCUUGCAAAUGGAGAAUUCAAAGGUUUAUUUGUUUAGGGAGCCAUGAGAGACAAAUUCUGCUAGUUGUGUUGCUGGGGCUGUUGGUGUAUAUUUUCCAUGUGAAUCUCGAUUCUGUUUCUUUUAGGAUGGCUGUGGACUUGGUUCUUUUUAUUUUAGUGAUUUAAAUGGAUUAUGUUAUUUACAGGACUUGAAAGAAUUUCUAGAGUUUGUUCAAUAUCUAUUUUUGUAUAUGUUAUGGUAUUUAUGAUGAUAAGUGAUCAUUUUUUGAAGACGUAGAGGUCAAUUAAUGGGGACUUAUUUUCUAGAUUGUUUUUAGAAGAGCUUACGUUAUGAUAUAUAUAUUUGAAGUCAA